AUGCGGCCAGUGACGGCAAAAUAUCCCAAGAAAAGCCUCUACAAAGAAUCUCUCUUGCCUUCGUCUACUCCAAGUUCCAAGGCUGCCCCAGCCAUGUCAAAAGAAGUCCCCCUCUCCAAUUUGGAGAAUGACUUCAUUCUGAAAGCACUUAGUGAGGGACACCGCCUUGAUGGUCGUGCCAUGGACGAGAUCCGACCGAUCAACCUCUCGUUCGGCGAUGAGUAUGGACAUGUGAAGCUUCAGCUUGGAAAAACUAGUAUCGUUGUUCGAAUUUCAGCAGAGGUUACCAAGCCCCGCGAGGACCGUCCUUUCGAUGGUCUCUUUUCAAUUAAUAUGGAGCUGACUGCGAUGGGUUCGCCGGCAUGGGAGAAUGGAAAGACCAGCGACCUCGAAACUUAUGUCAAUCAUGUUCUCGACCGCGUCGUUCGUCACUCGAAUGCUUUAGAUACCGAGUCGCUCUGUCUUGUGAAGGGCGUCAGCUGCUGGAGUAUCCGUGCAGAUGUUCAUGUGCUCGGAUUUGACGGCAACCUGAUUGACGCGUCUUGUAUGGCGAUUAUGGUCGGAUUGCAACACUUCCGUCGGCCUGAUGCGGUCGUUCGCGAUGGCAAAGUCAUCGUCUACGAUGUGAAUGACCGAGUGCCAGUUGAGCUUAACAUUACCCACAAGCCUCUUGCAGUCACCUUCCAUACAUUCCACAAGGGUAAAACCAUUAUCAUUGACGCCAAUCUUAAGGAGGAACAGGCGGCCGAGGGAGAUCUCAUCUUUGCAGUGAACAAUGCAGGUGAACUGUGCUACAUGUCCAAAUUCUCAGGUCAUCCUAUCAAACCCAUGGAAAUCGUCAAGAAUACCCAGGUGGCAUGGGAUAAGGUCAAAGAGAUGAAUGCGGUUCUCGACAAGGUUCUCCAAGCUGAUCUGGCCAAGCGGGCCAAGUUUGGUAUGGCAGACUUGUCUCGGUCUAAUAACGACCGUUAA